CCAACCAGACUGACUAGACCUUCCCUGGUGGCGGGGCCCAGGGGCCCUCGCUUCACCCGUGACCCAUUACCUUGGUGCGGGGGCGCCGGCAGGGACUGCUGCUCCCGGUGCUCCCUCUGCCCCUGCUGCCGGCUCUCCCCCAGAGAGAGGCCCAGAAGACCAAGGAGAAGUGGCAGGAGCUGGCAAGCAGACCCCCGUGCCCGAGGCAUGGGGAACGGCUGCAGCUUGGAAGGCAGGGGGAAGACCAGUGGAACCUGACCGUCUGGUAUUAAAUCAGACAAAUGGCCACCUCAAGGACCGGACAGAGCCAGACUUGUGGGAAGCCUUGUGCCAGGGGCCGUGCCUGCCUCCAAACCCCACCCUGGUGCCCAGGACACCUCCUCUGGGGUGAGCCGCCCUGCUUCUCCCCUCGUCCUUCCAUUUCCAUCAUCUGCAGGUUCCGAGCCAUCUAGGAGGGCGGCUCCGGUGCCAUCCCGACCGAUCCCUGCAGGAGGGGGCUAGGCUCCUCCCCCCCGCCCCAUGCCCUGCCCCUUCCACUCCAGUUCGAAAGCCUCUAGAGGGAGAGAAGUGGCGGGCAGUCACAGCAUCCUCUGGAGGGGGACACCAAGGCUGGCCCAAGCGCAGCAGUCUGUGGGGGCCCCUGAGGCCAAGACCGACUACCGGCAGGACCUCGUCAGGCACUGGGGAGGAAAUUGGCCCAAAGCUCCUGGGACAGAGGGAAACUGUGCUCUGCCAGCCAGGGAGAGCCCCGGAGGCUGCUCUCACUGAGGAAUCCAGAGCAGGCAAGGAUAGGCAGUUGCUGCGGCCCAGAGCGGGCAGGAUUGCGCGGCAAGUGUCACCAGUUUUCUACUCACCCAGGGCCUCCCCGUCUCCUUGUGUUGCUGGACCCCUCAGCACGAUGCUCCUUGAGCUGCCCGUUCUCGUAGCCCUGGGGCUCCUGCAGCUUCCCCACAGCCAAGGGCAGAGCUGUCUGAGCAAGCGCCAGUUGCUGACCACCAUCCAGCAGAUGCAGAAGCUGCUGUCCGCGCAGGAAGCCGCCCAGCUCCAGGCCAUGCGCAACCUGAAGAAGCGGCUCACGGCCCUGCAGAGCGGUGUCCACAAACAGCCCACCCACAGCAACGAAAGCUGCCCCCACCUUGCCGGGCCAGCACAUGGCAGGAAGUUGGGGAAAAAGAUGACCGUGGGCCACGAGGUACACUUCUUGUGUGAUGCCGGCUUCCGACUGGUGGGCUCUGAGUCACGGCAGUGCCAGGACAACAGGACAUGGAGUGGGCACCAGCCCUUCUGCAAGAGUAUUGACGACUGUGCCAGCCAACCCUGUGCCAACGGGGGCACCUGUGUGGACCACGUGCAGCGCUACACCUGCCUCUGCCCCAGAGGCUGGACUGGGGGACAAUGUCAGAGCCCAGAUUCCUCCUACCGGGUGACCCUGAGCAAUUCCUCCUUCAGCCGCCAGCCCCGCUGCGCUGAGAACGGGCAGGGCGCGCGCCAGUGCAGCUGCGAUGCUGGCUUCCAGAUGCAGCCUGGCGGGCUCUGCCAAGAUGUAGAUGAGUGCCAGCUGUUCCAGCUGAACCGUCAGACCCGUAUCUGUGUACACACCUGCAUCAACUUCCCUGGCUCCUACCGCUGCAUCUGUCCCCCAGGAUAUCUGCUCAAUCCUGACCAGAACACCUGUGAAGAUGUGGACGAGUGCUCCGAUCACCAGCACAACUGCAGUCGAGGGGAGCUGUGCGUCAACGUCUUUGGGGGGUUCCAGUGCGUGCGGCCCGAGUGCCCCCGGCCCCGCCAAGACACGAGCUACAUGAAGACGUCGGCCUUCCAGUGUGAGAGAAAUCCUUGCCCCGUGGGCAGCAGAUCCUGCCGCCAGUCAGCCAACUCCAUCUCCUUCCACUACCUCCCGCUCCAGUCCAACCGCACCGUGCCCCGGGUCCUCUUCAAGAUGUCCACCACCAGCUCUGUGGGCGACAGCCUGCGCUUCGCCAUCGCCGGGGGUCGGGGCCUCGCGGCCUUCACCGUGCAGCGCUCUGACCGUCACACGGGUGAGCUGGUCAUGACCAGCCCGGUGCCAGGCCCUGCCACCCUAGAAGUCGAGCUGGAGAUGAGCGAGCUGUCCCGCAAGGUCCUGCUGGGAAAACACAUCUUCAGGAUCACCGUCUUCGUCUCCCCCUAUGAAUUCUAGCCCAUCAGCCCCUCCGCGUCCGUCUCCCCUGCCUUUGGAUGGACUCUCCAGGGCAGACAUGGGGAGACUCCGCGUGGCCACUGGCUACCCCCGCUCCAGCUUUUCGGCUCCCCACAUGUGCUCCACCACGGAUCUGCUCCAUCCCCGGGCCACCAGCUCAGAACACGGCUGGGGAGAGGGGAAGGAGAGUGGGAAACAAAAAGAGCUCUGCACCAGGCAAUGCCGGGAUCGUCUGAGCACCUGCUUUCUCCCCUCCAGCCGCUCUGUGAGCACCGCACUCAGCUAGUCAGGAGGCACCAUUUGUACACUCGACUUCAUGAUAAGAUGAUGAAAUGUGCUGACUGUUGGGCCAACUGCUGACCUUAACUUUCAGGGUAAGCAGGGGUACGUGCCCCUCUUUGUGAAUGGGAGGGGGAACU